CUGAUGAGAUGUGUCCCUAUCAGUGCACCAGCUGAUGUGUUAGCGUGGGAUGAGAUGCUGCACUGGAUCCAAAGGGCUGGCAGAAAUAUGGGAGUCUGGCUGAACCCUAGGAAGUUUGGGGUAGCAAGAAGGAGAAGCCACGGCAGGGCUGAGCCAAAGCAGCUGUGGAGUAUGUGAAUGGCCCCUGGAGCCCUCACUGCCCUGUCCAUCAUGAUCCAGAGGCUGUGGGCCAGCCGUCUGCUACGGCAUCGGAAAGCCCAGCUCCUGCUAGUCAACCUGCUGACCUUUGGCCUGGAGGUGUGUCUGGCUGCUGGCAUUACCUAUGUGCCACCACUUCUGCUGGAAGUAGGGGUCGAGGAGAAGUUCAUGACCAUGGUGUUGGGCAUUGGCCCAGUGCUGGGCCUGGUCUCUGUUCCACUCCUAGGCUCAGCCAGUGACCAGUGGCGUGGGCGCUAUGGCCGCCGGAGACCCUUCAUCUGGGCUCUGUCCCUGGGUGUCCUGCUCAGCCUCUUUCUCAUCCCAAGGGCUGGCUGGCUGGCAGGGCUGCUGUGCCCAGAUACCAGGCCCCUGGAGUUGGCUCUGCUGAUCUUGGGAGUGGGGCUGCUGGACUUCUGUGGCCAGGUGUGCUUCACUCCACUGGAGGCCUUACUCUCUGACCUCUUCCGGGACCCAGACCACUGCCGCCAAGCCUUCUCUGUCUAUGCCUUCAUGAUCAGCCUUGGGGGCUGCCUGGGCUACCUCUUACCUGCCAUUGACUGGGACACUAGUGCCCUGGCCCCCUACCUGGGCUCUCAGGAAGAAUGCCUCUUUGGCCUCCUCACUCUCAUCUUUCUCACCUGCAUGGCAGCCACUCUGUUUGUGGCCGAGGAGGCAGUCCUGGGCCCACCUGAGCCAGCAGAAGGGCUGUUGGUCCCCUCCGUGUCAUCCCGCUGCUGCCCAUGCCGUGUGGGCCUGGCUUUCCGGAAUCUGGGUACCCUGUUUCCCCGGCUGCACCAGCUGUGCUGCCGCACGCCUCGCACCCUGCGCCGGCUCUUUGUGGCUGAGCUGUGCAGCUGGAUGGCGCUCAUGACAUUCACACUAUUCUACACAGACUUUGUGGGCGAGGGGCUAUACCAGGGUGUACCCAGAGCCGAGCCAGGCACCGAGGCCCGGAGACACUAUGAUGAAGGCAUUCGAAUGGGCAGCCUGGGGCUCUUCCUGCAGUGCACCAUCUCCCUGGUCUUCUCCCUGGUCAUGGACAGGCUGGUGCAGCGGUUUGGCUCACGGUCAGUCUAUCUGGCCAGUGUGAUGACCUUUCCCCUGGCUGCCGGUGCCACAUGCCUAUCACACAGCGUGGUCGUAGUAACAGCCUCAGCUGCCCUCACCGGAUUCACCUUCUCAGCCUUGCAGAUCCUGCCUUACACGCUGGCCUCCCUCUACCAUCGUGAGAAGCAGGUGUUCCUGCCCAAAUACCGAGGGGACGCUGGAUGUGGUGGCAGUGAGGACAGCCAGACAACUAGCUUCUUGCCAGGUCCUAAGCCAGGCGCUCCCUUCCCCAGUGGACAUGUGGGCCCCGGCAGCAGCAUCCUGGUGCCUCCACCUGCACUGUGUGGGGCCUCUGCCUGCGAUGUCUCCAUGCGAGUGAUGGUGGGUGAACUUCCUGAGGCCAAGGUUGUCACUGGACGGGGCAUUUGCCUGGACCUCGCCAUCCUGGACAGUGCCUUCCUGCUGUCCCAGGUGGCUCCAUCCCUGUUCAUGGGCUCCAUUGUACAGUUGAGCCACUCUGUCACUGCCUAUAUGGUAUCAGCUGCAGGCUUGGGUCUGGUCGCCAUUUACUUUGCUACGCAGGUAGUGUUUGAUAAGAAUGACUUGGCCAAAUACUCUGUGUAGAAUGCUGUAAGGCAUUGAAGAAAGGGUCUGCCUCACGGAGUCUCAUCCUAGAGGGCUGUGAAGCUGGCUUUUCGGGUCUGUUGUUGCCUAAGUGGGGUAGCUCUCUGCUGCCACCCCAAAGCAGUGAGGUGUAUAGUUGCACAGAUAGAAGCUGGGGCUUCACGCUCUGGCUUCAGAGUCUGGCUGGCCUGCGGCAGCUUCUCACAUGAGAUGAAAAUUCAGGCUUGUACAGGUGCAUUACCAAGACUUCAGAGUUAACAGCUCUCCUCCUGGUUGUCACCUUGGAAAGUUUUUUGGGGACCUGAAUGAACUUCCCUCUAAGUCCCUUGUCCAGAUUCUGCCUCUGUUGCUCUUGCAUGGGAGUUUCUUGUAGGAAACUCUCCUCCACAGGGUUUGACAGGAUGGAAGUUGGAAGGAGGAGCCCCAACGGUCAAGAUAAAACCCUGUGGUUCACAGCACUGCCUUUCUGCUGAGUCCCCCACCCCAACCUGUUCUGGGAAAUGGCUCAGCUUGUUGGCCCUUGUGUUGCCAUCAUGGAGACACAGGCCUUUAAAUAUUUAAUUUAUUUAUUUAACACAUUAGAAGUAAAAUUCAUUCCCAGCCUUUUUAUGUUGUGCCUAGGAAUUGAGUAAGGUGGGAGCCCCAAAAACUGGUUCCCCUAAAAUAUCUGAUACUGCCAGACUACUCUUCUAAGGUGAUAGUUAUGGUCCCCAAAACUGCCUGGCCCAGUACCUGUCACCCUAAUUGAGAGCCACAAGAUGUCCCCACUGGAGACUGGGCAUGGGGGGGGGAGUGGAAUGGGCCUCAAGGUCUCCACAGCAUACCAAGUCCUACUUUCCUCUUGCCCCAGCUUGGCUCCUGACUUCCCACUGCUCCCUCUGAGAGAGGACCCAUGAAGCGAUUGCCCUUCCAACUCUAUCCACUGGCUCCAUGACCUCUCUUUGGGGGCUUUUGAACCCUAAGCACAAGUGUGGUUCCUUAGGCCUCUGCCCAUCGCAGCCUCUGGGGCAUAUCUGUCACAGCCUGGGGAAUCUCACACAAACUCAGGAGUACUCCCUGCCAGAGCCAAGGAGCUCUUGUCUAGGGGGGUGGA